AUGCUAUCGGGACGCCUAUUCCGUUCAGCCUUGCUGCUGACGAGUGGACUUCUGGCAGUGGUGCAAGCGAACCAACCGACAUCGAACCUGAACUUUGAGUCUUUCGAGGAAAGAGCAGCCUCAACGAGCUUCGGCUACAAGGAAGAUGGCGCAUCGUGGGUGAUUGACUCUGGCGCCGGUCUCACCGUCAAGGUAGACCAGGGUACGUGCGAUAUCGCGUCCAUGAUCUGGAACAAGGCGGAACUGCAGACCUGGCAGAGGAAGUCGCACAUCAACUCUGGUCUUGGCAAGAUAAAAACUUCUAUCGAGUCGCUGAAGGACAAGACGAUCCAGAUUUCUUGCAAGACUCCGGGCCUUGAGCACACCUACCUCUUCCGUCCGAACGAAAAUGUAAUUUACAUGGGCACGUACCACACGAAAGAGUACGAAAUGGGAAACCUCCGUUUUAUCGCGCGUUUGGCACGUAAACCAAUGGACAACCCCAUGGUUCCUGAGUGUAAAAUCGACAACAUGACUCCCAUCGAGGGACACGAUGUAUUUGCCGAUUCGAAAGGUAUCACGGCUUCGAAAUUCUACUCUGGUAUCCCGUUUAUUGAUGACAAGGUCCACGGUGUGACGGGUGACGCUGGUGGUGUAUUCUUCAUCAUGUCGGACUACGCGUACGAGAGGUCCGUGGGAGGCCCGUUCUUCCGCGAUAUGAACAACCAAUGCACGGAGGCCAACGAACUUACUUUGUGUAUGUUCUCGGACCACACGCGCUUUGAAGACUACCGCUUCGGCUUCCACGGACCCUACGCUCUAAUCUUCAAUGACGGCAAGCAACCUGCCGUUUCUGACGUCAAAUUCGACUUCUUCCAAGAUCUCAACCUCACCGGAUUCGUACCGGAAACGGAUCGUGGCACCUGGACCGGUACUAUCACCGAUAAGGGCGGGGUGCUGAGCAACUCUAGUGUUGUUGUUGGCUUCUCCAACGCCGACGCCCAGUACUGGGUGAAAGUGGAUUCCACCACGAAGCCGUUCACGUCGCCUAAGAUGGUCCCUGGAACUUACAACACCACCAUCUACAAGAACCAGCUCCCUGUCAGUUCGGAGCCGAUCACGAUCGCUAGUGGCUCGGCUCCGGGCCGAUACCCGCUCUGGCGCAUUGGUGCAUGGGAUGGCACUCCUGAAGGCUUCCUGAAUGCCGACAGGAUCUACAGGUCGCACCCCAGCGACUCUCGCAUGAAGCCCUGGAAGCCGCUGAACUUUACCAUCGGUACGGACAAGGACGAGAUUUUCCCGAUGUCGAUGUUCCGUGCUGUGAAUGACCCGAUCACGAUCAACUUUAAGCUGACGAAGGAGCAGGUCAGUAAGGAUCGCACUUUAAAGCUCGGCAUCCCUCUCGCUCAAAGCAACGGUCGAUGCAGCGUGACUGUGAACACCAAGUUCCAGGCGAAGGUUCCUCUGAGUGCUGCCGUGAAAACACGUGGUGUCACGCGUGGUGUUACUUUGGGCAAGUACACGUUCUACGACUACGCUAUUCCGAAGACGGCAUUGGUCGAAGGACCCAACCAAAUUGUGCUAUCGAUUGUCAGUGGUAACAAGGAUACAAUGGGGAAAUGGCUGUCGGCAUCGGUCGUGUUUGACGCCCUCGAGCUGGUUUAA